AUGGAGUCGAAGCUUUCUUCAAUGGCCUCGAAGCGUUCUUCAAUGCCAUCACGUUUGUUGUCGCUCCCGGAAGAAGUACAAGAAGAAGUCAUCUACCGGACUCCCGUGGAAGCGCUUAUACAGUCAGCAACAUUAUGCAAGCGAUGGACCGCUCUUCUCACCAACAAGAAAGUCAUCCACACACACUUGGAUCGGUCGGCGGAAAGAUUCAUAAGAAGCGUUGAUACAGUAAACGUCGUUGAUCCGGUGACGCGAAUAUGCUCAAGUACUUCACCGGUUCCGAGAGAGUUUCAAGACCCGAACAAUACAGAUGCUCUGCUUCACUGCGACGGUCUUAUGCUGUGUAGACUUCGUGGCUGUCACGUCAAAAGUUUCGAGCCCGAGGAUCCAAGACGCCCGCAAAUAGCGAUUUGGAAUCCCGUUUUGAGAAAGGUGAAAUGGAUCAUGCCUUCUGAUUGUGUGACCGCUUACAAUAACUUUGGGCUAGGUUACAAGAAUCGAGGUGAUUACUUGAUCUUGCGGUUCCCCCAGAUCCAGUUUAAGUUUGUGGAAGGUGAAAACCCGGUUGAGAUUUACGAGUUGAAGAAUGAGUCAUGGAGAACUCUUGAGCACGUGAAGGUUGAUUGGGUGGUGGAUAGAUCGUGCCAAGGUGUGUCUGUGCUGGGUAACAUGUAUUGGGUGGUUACUCCUGAGAAGAAGAAGAAGAAGCGCAAAAGCUACAUUCUAGGUUUCAAUUUCACGGUGGAAACAUUCAAUGACGUGUGCUUAUGUCCUCCUCCUCUCUCUUGUGGUGGUGAUCGUUACUUAAGCUGUUACAGUAAAGAUAGAUUGUCUUUGCUACAGCAAGAUACAAAAUCAAGGAAGAUUGAGGUUUGGCUUUCAAGCAACUUGGCUGAUGCGAGCGUCUCCUUUACUAAACAUUUCAGUGUGGCCAGCCCUGAUCAUCUUGUGUUAAAGCCCCGUCAAUUUACGUCUUAUCCGGUCUACUGCUUUGUCAAGCCCAAAAGUAUCGUUGCAUGGUGCGAGGGACAUGCAACCCAAGGUCAGAGGGAUUGUACUUACUGCACUCUUUAUCAGAUUGGUGAGGAUGCGCUAGGAAACCCAACUGAGACCGAACGAAACUAUGAUGAGCGACGCUGGCUUCCAGACUUUUGUGGCCAUGUCUAUGUUCCAAGUUUGGUGUGGCUGUGA